GAGUGUGUCAAAAGCGCUGCACAAGCCCACAGACAGACACACUGACCUUUGAAGAGUUUGAGGUGCAUCUGGCAUUAUGUCCCUAAUCAGAGGUGUGUUUAUUGUGUCUGCCAAACGGACACCGUUUGGCACCUAUGGGGGGGUGCUGAAGGACCACAGUGCCACUGACCUGGCGGAGCACGCUGCCAAGGCUGCCCUGGCAGCAGGCAAUGUUGCCCCGGAGCUGGUCAACAGUGUCAUCAUGGGCAAUGUCAUGCAGAGUUCUGCAGAUGCGCCCUAUAUUGCACGGCAUGUGGGCCUGAGGUGUGGGGUGCCCAUUCCUGUGCCUGCUCUGACUGUUAACCGACUCUGCGGCUCUGGUUUCCAGUCUGUCAUCAAUGGUGCUCAGGAAAUCUGCCUCAAGGAGUCAGAAGUGGUUCUGUGUGGCGGUUCGGAGAGCAUGAGCCAGGCACCCUAUGCUGUGCGCAACAUUCGCUUUGGUACCAAGUUUGGACUGGAUCUGAAGCUGGAGGACACCCUGUGGGCAGGGCUUACUGACCUACACGUCAAGAUCCCCAUGGGGAUCACCGCAGAGAACCUGGCCACUCAGUACGAGAUCAGCAGGGAGGACUGUGACAAGUACGCGCACCAGACCCAGCAGAGGUGGAAGGCAGCGCAUGAGGGAGGCCACUUCACAGCAGAGAUUGCGCCCAUCGAUGUGAAGGCGAAGAAGGGCAAGGUGCCCAUGACUCACGACGAGCACCCCCGUCCUGAGACUACUCUGGAGCAGAUGGCCAAGCUGCCACCAGUCUUCAAGAAGGGAGGCACUGUCACGGCUGCCAACGCCUCGGGCGUGUCUGAUGGUGCUGCCGCUGUGGUGAUUGCUAGUGAGGAUGCGCUGAAGCAGCACAACCUCACCCCGUUGGCCAGGCUUGUUGCCUACCACGUAUCAGGCUGUGAUCCAAGCAUCAUGGGAAUUGGCCCUGUGCCAGCUAUCACUGAAGCCCUUAAGAAAGCAGGGCUUUCCUUGAAGGAUAUGGACCUAGUGGAGGUGAACGAGGCCUUCGCCCCACAGUACCUUGCAGUGGCCAAGGCGCUGGGGCUGGAUCCAGAGAAAAGCAAUGUGAAUGGUGGUGCCAUCGCACUGGGCCAUCCACUGGGAGCAUCUGGAGCCCGCAUCACCGCCCACCUGGUCCAUGAGCUAAGGCGGCGUGGAGGAAAAUACGCAGUUGGGUCGGCGUGCAUUGGAGGAGGCCAGGGCAUCGCCGUCAUCCUGGAGAACACACAGUGAAGAGACACACAAGAGUCUAUGCUGUACACACUCACACACCAUACAGUACCUUGGAAGGACUGCAUUUGCCCUCAUGCAGAUGAGGACAACAUUUGUUACAGACAGCUGCUUUGUAUGAUUAAUACCCUGCAGUCGCAACAUGUUCAGUUUUUUACAGGUUUAUGUAGGGAAGUCGUUGUAUUGCCUUAACGAUACUCACUUGAAGGGCUAACACUGUGCAAGUAUGUGUUCAGGAAGAAUUAUCUAUGGCGUUUUGUGAACGUACCCUAUGGUUUGUCAGUAUGGAGGUUCCAGAUCAGAAGCCAUAUGGGAGUUGCUUUUUUCUUCCCACACAAAAAGCAUGUACACGUCUAUGACUGGGACAUCUUUGCUAAUCAUAGAGACAUAUGUCUUGUGGAUGAAGAGAAAAAGGACCUUGCCAUUUGCCUUGUUUUGUUUGUUUUUUCCAUGUUAGAGUUUGCAUAUUCACUCCACUACAGGGUCUCUCCUAUCCUGAUACAGGUCACAUACUCAACUGAGUAGGCCUUAAUGGCUGAACUUGCUGCAUUGUAUGGUUGUGUAACGAAUCAUUUGUUAAUAAAGCUGGAAUAAAAGCUCAUGACAUUUAA